GUAGAAUACAAAUCGGCGAAGCGUAACAAAAAAUUCAUAUCAAUAAUUAUAAUUUCAGUGAAAUUAUUUUACCUUAAUGCUGGAUACAAAUCAAAAAUAAUAAUAAUAGUUAAAUAAACUACGGUCCAAUCAUGGCCAAGGACGAAAAGUCGGCUAUGACAUUGGAUCAAUUAAAAAAUCUGCAAUGGCAUCGGCUUUUCAAUAUGUUUUAUAUAGAGCCGGUUGUGUUUAUGUUGCUCUUUUCCCACAUGUUGGCAGGCACAAUUAUGCGAAACCAACUUAUCUAUCAGACUUGUGUGGUGAUAUUUCAAUAUAAUGAAACCGAUUGCCGACUUCUGGAGUACUCCAACGUCAGCACUGAGAUAAAGAAUAUUGAAACAGAGCUGCAAUCAUAUGUGACAAAUAUGUUUCUUGUUAGGACCCUCUUUGAGAGUAUAGUACCGGCAAUUUGUGGACUGUUUAUUGGUUCCUGGUCAGAUCAUUAUGGACGAAAGCCGUUGCUUAUUGUAUCGAUGAUUGGAUUUUCAUCUUCUUCCUUGUUAACUGCUGCGAUUUGUGGCGUAUCUAGUUACUAUAUGGUCAAUCCCUGGUGGUAUACUUUGGCUGCUAUACCUCAUUCCUUGCUAGGUGGCAUGUGUGUGUUUUCGGUGGCCGCGUCUUGUGUCAUAUCCGAUACAACUGACACUAAAACCAGACCAUACAGGAUGAUCUUUAUGGAGCUGAUUUUAUUUGUGGCUCUCACAAGUGGUUCCCUUGCCUCAAGUUUUGUCUAUGCAGCCACGAGUGCUGCAAUAACUCAGAGCAUAUCAUGCUCAAUAAUUAUUAUGGCCACCCUGUUCAUUGUAUUGUAUAUGCCAGAAACAUUACACAUGGGUCGAGAGCAAAGGGAAGCAAACGAAAAGAAGGAAAAAGAAAAAGAAGACCUGCCCAUGGAUGAUGGACCUAUUCAAAUGCACUUAAAGAUUGUUCCACCGCCAAUUGAGGAAGGUGAAAAACCAUUAAAGAUCAAAGAGUCUCCUCCUGAGAAACUGACAACAAAAGAACAAGAAGAAACCAGUCCACAGCGCGAAAAUAUUGGCCUAUUCAAUUUGAUUCAUGUUCGAGAUAUGUUUACAACUUGCAUGAAGAAAAGAGACUAUAAUGCACGUGCUAUCAUAUGGCUAAUUACAUUGACUGGAUUCUUGGGCAUUUUUGUUAUGGAUGGAACUAUGCCUGUAAUGUAUUUGUUUAUAAGACAAAAGUUUCAUUGGUCUGUAAGAGAAUUUACCAUUUACGAAUCUGUCAGCCAAUCUUUUCCCAUGAUUGGGGCAGUUCUUGGAUUUCUUGUGCUGCGAAAGAUCUUUGGCUUGUCGGUUAUAACAUUAGCUCUGUUGUCGAUAUUCUCGGAAAUUCUCAGUAGCCUUUCGAGAGGACUAGCAUUUUUACCCUGGCAUUUGUAUCUAUCAGUUGGCCUGGGUGUCUUUCGAGCCAUCCAAGGUCCCAUGUGCCGCACUAUUGUCUCCAAUAUAAUAUCAUCUUCAGAAAUGGGCAAAGUUUUUGCAAUUGGCAAUGUUUUGCAAUCAUUUGCUCCAUUUGUUGCCGCUCCCCUUUACACUGCCCUCUACAAAAGCACUUUGACCACGAAUCCUGGAAUGUUUAACUUUCUCAACGCUGCUUUGUAUUUGCUGGCCUUUGUUUUCGUAUGCUUUGUGAUGCACAUCAGAUUUAAACACCGAAGUCAUUAUGCAGAGCUAUUAAAGUAAAAAAAGGCUUGACUUAUUAGAAGUGGUUGUGAUGUACCUACUCGUUACCUACUUUAACCUCAUGAUGAUUCAAAAUUAAAACUAUAGCUCAGA